GGAUUGGUGCUGUUUGUGUUUAGCGUCUUGGUGAAACAGGAAACAAAGGUAACGUCAUGUAGGGAAUUAUGUAAACAAACAUGCUUACAAAAGCAAAAAGUGGCCCUUGCAUAAGAAUGCUAGAUAUUUGCCAAGAAUACAUUUAGAUUAAAUUUCCCAAAAUGACAGUGUUUAGAUUUGUAAUCCUUUUUCAUUACGGCUUUCACGAUUUGGAAAGGUUAAUUAAAUGGCAACAGACUGUGGUACAUACUGUCGCUCUAUUGCCGUUCUGUUGUUGACCAUAAUUCUUUUUGCCAAGUCUUCUGGCGAGAAGCGUCCUAAAUCUUCUAAGAAAUGCCCACCGGGUCGUUUUGGUCCUUCCUGCCUGAGUAAGUGUCCAAAUCAAUGCCCCACAUCAUGCGGCGAAGACGGAAAGUGUGUCGACUGUCUGGAGUCUGGGCUCAAGCUACCCGACUGCCUCUCCCCGUGUAACAAAGGAUUUUUUGGACGUAACUGCAAACACAGAUGUACCCCUGCGUGCAAAGACUCGGACUGCAGUGUCAAAACCGGGAAUUGUCUCGAGUGCCGAGCUCCUGGCCUGGCUCUUCCCAAAUGUUCAUCUCUUUGCCCAAAAGGCACUUACGGCGCCCAGUGUUCUAGAAGAUGUCCGCUGACCUGUGAAGAUACGUGUGACCCUCUGGAUGGUCAUUGUACUGACUGUUCUCACGGCGUGGGAGCAAAGUGUGCUGUGAACUGCGCCGACCGAAGGGAGGCUGCUAUAUGCAAACUGUAUUGUCCCAGCAACUGUGUGGGCUGGUGUAACUCUACAGACGGGCAGUGUAAUGUCUGUGCUUCCGGUUUAAAACCUCCUUUCUGUAAUGAGACGUGUGACGAAGGAUACUACGGUAGAAGCUGUCAGAAAAAAUGUCCGGUUCGCUGUAAGAACGGGACUUGUGAUCCCGUGAAUGGUGUGUGCGUUGGGUGUCUGGCAGGGUAUGUCGGUAAGAGAUGUAACGGUCAGUGCAUAGCGGGUCUUUACGGAGAGCUAUGCUCGCUGUCAUGUCCAGAGACAUGUGUUGACAAAAUGUGCCACUUUAGAAAUGGGAGCUGCCUCCUGUGUCUUCCAGGCUACACGGGACCCUUAUGCGAUCAGUUCUGUCCAGGGGGUAGUUUUGGACCGGGUUGUAACCUUCAAUGUCCAGAAAAUUGUGGCGGGGUUUGCGAUCCUAUGUCUGGCUGGUGUUGGAAGUGCAAACCUGGCUAUCGCGGUCCUUUCUGUAACGCCACAUGCGAUGAAGGCAGCUUCGGUGAGCAGUGCACAAACAGAUGUUCUGAGUUCUGCGUCAGGGAAAAGUGUCAUCACCUCAGCGGUGCUUGCCUUCAGUGCGGACCCAGACGUACAGGGACGUUUUGCAACGAGAUUACUUCAGAACCGAAAGCAAACCAGUUCAAAAUGGCCGUCUUCAUCUUUUUGGGUCUUCUUUCUCCUGUUGGUCUAGCUUCGUUGUCGAUGGCUGUGUAUAAAUACAAAAUAAAGAAAGUACGAGAUACAAUAAAUCACAGAAAUCGGAACCUGGUGACGGCAUCUGUUGCUAAAGACAGAGGAGCUAAACCUUCGCCAGGUCUUUCUGGAGCCCAUAAAGAUCCAAAAACUUCCCCAAAAUUUCCAUUAAAUCAAGAAGUGAACUACAAGGAUGCUGUUUUCAGAAAUCGGGCAUUGCAGUUUCCAAAAUACUUUCCUAAAUCGCCAGUCUAUUCAAAUGCUUCAAAGAAGAUUGAUAUCCAAAGAGAGCACAGUUCUGCCAGGUGUACACCCAUAAACAAUGAACCAGUCACGUCUGCGGGCCUUGGUCCUCUGGGAGCCAAUACAUCUGAGCCCUACACCUCUUCUCUCGAAAACUUGAGGUCGGCAGAAGGCAGCAGAUUCUCACCGUCGUCGCAUCAAACGUUGGAACAUCGGCAAGAGCUGUCAUGCGCGGUACACCGUCAUAAACUAGACGGAAUAUCUCGUCGCCAGUGGUCUGCACAGUCGAAGAACGUGGAAUCUGGUAGAGCAAUUACUCAAACCAACGACACGAAAACUUACCAAUUAGAUACUUCUUCGAGUUAUGAAUUUUUCACCAUCCUCAAAGCCUCUUAUAAAGAGAAAAAUCACACUUGUCAGGGUGAAGCAAGCGGAUUAGCGACAGAAUCAACAAGUAAUGUCUCUGUCCGACAGAACGACCCACAAACUAGCGGCAUUUUAAGCUUGUCUCCAAUUUCAUUGAGUGGUAAUACUUCUUCACAACUAGAACAUUCAGAAAACAAACUAGUAUUUUCCUACAGUACUUCACAGAAAGUAGAUAUUUCUUCCAAACCCAAGGUACCUUCCCCUCACACAAUAACAGCGACGUCCCAUACACUGAUUUCAAAAGUGCAAGGUGCGACUUCAAGGUCAGACACUCUGGAGAGCUUAGACUCAAACUUAGACGUCCAGUCUGCUUGUUUCGUUGAGGAUAAAUACUCAAUGCCAUCCUUUUCUAAGGGAGGUGAACCCGCGAAAGGGACCUCUAAAGAUGCUGGUCAGACGAGCAGUUCCUUAAGUGGUCAAACAGAUCCCACUGAAAGCUUGGUGACGUCCGAAAGCAAACGAGACCUUUACCCAGUUGCGUAUAGUCCUGAAUCAAGUUACGCGAAUCAGCGAAUCAUCUCUGAGUCGGAAUUGAAAAAUCGGAGACAGCAUGCAACAUCCGGAGCACUUGGAGCGGAUGCUAAAGACAGUGAACAGAAGAACACAACGGUCGCAGAUGUUCUACAUCAGCGGCCAAGUAAGCCACACUAUAUUGAUCCAGAGGCAAUUCCUUUGCACUCUGUGCCAUCGAGCGAAAUUGUCCCAAAUUUAACUGGAGAGAUUGAGAUCCUACAGAGACACGUCUCAACAUUGAUAUCUCCUGGUCCUAUCCAGAGGACUUUGAAUACAGAGUAUGCUCAUCUGAAUGGCGCAGCACACGGCGAGAUUAUCCGUUACAACGAGUCUUCCCUAGUAACAAACCGUGGGAGAGAUUUGGAUCCAGGACCUGCAACACAGGCCAGAAAUCCGUUUGGGAGGAAGCCUCUCUCUCGCCCAGCCUCUGGCCCAAAUCUGAGAACAGUUAGCCGUUUAGAAAUGGGUGUCUUCUCACAGAGCAGCCCUCUAGGAGCCAAUACAUCUGACCCCUUCACAUCUUCUCUUGAAAAUGUCGGAUCGGCAGAUGGCAGCAGAUUCUCACCGGUUCGUCAAAUGUUGGAGCAUGGACAAGAGCUAUCACAUGAGGAACAGCAUGAUCAACAGGACAGAACCACUUAUCGCGGUGUAACAUCCGACACCAGCGCGCGUCCGCACAAAAGGGCGACCAAAGAUAAGCAGAAAAAUAACGGACACGCAAGUGAACUUACGUUUACGGAGCAGACAACAAAGUCUUUAUCCAAAUUUGCCGGUGCGUCGCGUAGUCAUACAGACGAGAGACCUAGGGUUGGACCGCCCGUCCCAGGGAGAAAAAUGAGCUUUUCUUCCAAAUUCAAGAGUGAGAAAGACAUCCAAAAUUCUGUCGAACGCACUUCUUCCACUGCUUUCUCGAGACCCCAAACGCCCGCAAAAAUGUACGUCGUACACAAAUGUUCUCCGCCAAGGUCCAUUGAAGAUCUCAGCCACAUAAAAAGAGACCGUAUGUCGCCAUCGAAAAGAUCACUGCAGAAUAAUCACGGAUCGCCUUCAAAACAGUUUUCAGCGGCUAACACGUCCCCUUUCAAACGAGUCUCGAUACCACCCUCGCCCAAAAUGCAAAUGCCCGUGGGUAGCAGCAGCGCCACUGUGUCUGAUACUCACCCGACUUUGGUCAGUGCUAAAACCUCCGAAAGGGACAUCAUAGUUUCUGGGACAAGUUUCAGAUCUACAGACCAGUUGACUCACAGCCCGACGUCUACAAUACCCGCGACGUCCACGUCUCACCAACCUACCCCUCGUUCAAAUUCCAACAUCAGAAACGCCGAAGUAGCAGCAGCCACCUUUUGCAAAGGGGGAACAGCCAAGGUGCUCCGAUGUCCCACCACGAGGCAGUUGUCGCCCAUGUAUCCUUCACAGACGAAAUCUCCCGACGUGGCAGCUCCUAAACCUCUCCCAACUCCGCCACCUGGGGGGAGAAAAAGCUUACACCGUGUGGGUAGAGCAGCCGACGCCAGUACCUCUCACGGUUCUACCAGCACUAACACAGACAACAGUGGACUCUCCUCGCUCUGAGGCAGGACAAGAGAGGGGCUGGCUAAGAAAAAUGAUUUUAUGUAUAUUUGUAUGCUCUCUUUGUUUGUUUCUUUGUUUUCCAUCAUUGCUUAGCAGAUAUUUCUCAAACCUUUUCUUUAUUUCAUUUUUAAAACCUUAUCUUUUAAAAUCAAACUUAGGAAUAGGAAAGUUUUGAAAUGAUUAAUACAUAUUAUGUACUUCCGUCUGAGCCGACAAACACAAAGAUGAAACGCAAAUAAACGAUGAGAAGAUAUUUCUUGUAUAACAUAAUAUUGAACGUAUAGAAAAUCCUCAGCUGUGUAAGGCGAAUAAUGUUGGGAUUUUGGUUUUAUUGUUUUAUUUUUUGUUUGCUUUUUUGCUUUUGUUUUAUUUUAGUUUUUAGAGAUUAUUUUAAACAUAUAUUGCGACACACAAAGCCAAAUUUGAUGACAACUUUUGUCGAAGAAAGGCAAAUUAUUGAAAGACAUCAUUCGUUUUAGAAAGGAGCUAAAAUAACUUUGAACCAUACUCCACCAAAAGACAAAAUGUCUCUCUGAUUUUUUCUUCCCAUUUUAGAUUGUACCAUCGGAGGGGGGGAAACCCUGAACAUGCACAAACGAUAACUAAAACAAAUAAACAUACAGUUUGCUCAUUAUGAGGUAAGGUAUGACUGAUACAAAAUUCAUUGGUUUCCACAUUUAAAAUAUGUUUGUUUUUGCAUGGUAAAAGCUUUUGCACACACGCACUCUCCAAAAUGAAUGAAAUUAAAUU